AUGAUGGCAAAAAUAAAGCAUAUAGCAAUUUCAUCGCAGCAACCCGACAAGACCGCGAAGUUCUACAAGGAAGUUCUUGGACUUGAAGAGGUGGGCAAGGUUACAAGCGCCAACGCGGAUGGGUACUACCUCAGCGACGGCAAUGUGAAUAUCGCAAUCCUGAAGUUCAAGAGUGAUGUUGUCAGCGGGGACUUUGAUGUGGAGUACAGCGGCAUACAUCACAUUGGGUUCCAGGUCGAUGACGCAGCGGAAGCAGACGCUCGAAUGAAGGCGGCAGACGCCUAUCCUAUGGACGAUGUGAACGAGGCGCUGCACGGCGGAAUGGGCGCCCCCAGCAUGGGCGCAAUGUGGAGACGAAGUACGGCGGACCGGACGGCGUGA